AUUCCUGGUUUGCUUCUCUCUCGUCCUUCUUUAUAACCCAACGCCUUCACGCUUAUUCCACUCGCUCACAAUGUUCAAAUUCAUAGCCCUUGCAGCCCUCGCAGCAUCGUCUGUUUCUGCUCUCGUUGUUCCUCGUUCAACUCCUCCUGCUGGUUAUAAUACAGGUCUCCUCGAGCCAUACGAUACCUACCAUACCCGCUACAUGGCGCUCCAGUGCAACGUAAAGCACAAUACUGCCUUCUUCGACUCUUGCUGCCAUCCCCUCCUUGCCAACGAGAGUCUGGCAACACGUCCGGCACAGUGCAAUCCGUCUGCUACCCCAUCAACCGCAGCAGCAGCUUCGGCGGCUUCCCCUUCCGCUGAUCCCGUGGAUGAUGAUGAAGACGAGUACUGCGAUGAUGGUGAUGACGAACCCCCCAGCUCUUCCUCCGCUCCCAUCGCCCCCGCUGCAACGACACCCCUUGUACCUACCACGACCGCUGUCAAUACCCCCGAACCCACGACCACAAAGCCUGCGUCUGCAGCCACUCAAGCUCCCGCUUCCGGCGUCAACACUGGUGGAUUCGCUACUUUCUUCUACCAGAAUGGUGUCGCGGGGGCAUGUGGCACCGUGCACAGCGACAAUGACAUGAUCGCUGCCAUUGAUGGUGACAGGUACGGAAACCUCUCGGCCCAAUCACCCCUCUGCGGCAAACAGGUCAAACUGACUAAUGCCAAUAAUGGAAAGAGCAUUACUGUGACCAUUGCUGAUGCUUGCCCAACCUGCAAGAACAGUAAUUCCAUUGAUCUUUCCGAAGGAGCUUUCAAGCAAAUAGCCACCCUCGAUGAAGGCAUGGUCCCCAUUACUUGGUCAUUCGUCUAAAUGGCUGCCGCCCCAUUAUCUUCACUCCGUCCUUUUUCUUUUCUUUUUGGGUAUUUUGGAUGUGGUGAGGCCAGUCCCGCCACAAGCUCUGGACGAGCACAUUUAUACGAACGGCGUGAGAGUAUCUCUCCAGAUACGAGCCUAACGACCCAGGUUGGCGUAAAGCCUCCUAUACGAUUUAUUCUCUCGAUCGGCCCGUUCCCUUCAUUAGCAUUGAACUGCCAGUCUUAACUUGAAGUUAGCUUUACUUGUUUUCCCAUUUUGCUAUGGUGCCAGCAUCAUAAUGACCAUGUAUCGCUCGCUAGACGAAUAGAAACGAUUUUCUGAUGAA